CCCAUGGUUCGGAUGGUUGGCGCCUUUCGUCCAUUGUUCAUUCUGGUUCAUUCCUGUCUCGUGUUUCGUUUCGUUAAUACCGGUAGUGAUUCGAUUCGAGCGAGAUAUUUCCACGGCUGUAAAUCCAAGUUUCUUGACUGGAAGAGAAAAUGGGGAAGACAAAACCUUGGAAGCAGAAUACCAAAGGUCAUGUAUCAAAAGACCAGUUUCGUCAAGUAAAAGUUGGUUCUAUAAAAAAGAACAAAGAUCCUAAAUUUAAGAAUACACCUACGGGUAAGGUAGCUUUGAUCAACAACUCAAAGGCACAGAACAAAAAUGUGAAAUGUAUGCCGUCAUUGCCGUCUCAGAAAAAUGCCCAAAAAGGCUUUACAGAUGCAAAAAAUAAAAAUCAAAAUUCGCCUAAGCAAGCAUUUAAGAAUAAUGCAAAGCACUUAAAGCAAGGUUCUCCAAAUGAGAAAAAGUUUUUAAGCAAAGCAGAGAACAAAUCUUCGAAAGGAAAAUUUAUUUUCAACCCUGAAGAAACAUUAGAGCUAUUUGAUGAUUCCAGUUCUGGUGUCAAUGAAGAAACUGCGUCACAGGAGGACACUAGUCUGAGUAAAACAGACGAAACAUUUGAAGAUGAAGAGGGUUCGGACACUGAUACCCCAGAUAUUUUUGGAAAUAGCUUAAAAGAUGAAUCAGACGAGGAUGAUGAAGAUUUCGAAGAGGAGGACGAAGUGGAAGAAGAGGAUGAUGACAGCGAUGACAGUGAUAAUAAUGAUGAGGAAGAAACAGUAGAGUAUAAAGGUGUAAAAAGGUUCAAAGGUCUAAAACCUAAAACCAAGAAUAAUGAUGCUGACAAAGAAGCUCAGGAAAGUGAUGAUAAUGAUGACGAUGAUGAAGGCGAAAAUUAUAUGAACGCGACGUUUGAUGAAAGUGAUGAAGACGAUGAUGAGGAUGAAGAGGAGAAUAAUGAUGAUGAAAAACAAGUACAGAAUAUUAAAGGUCAAUAUGAUGAUUUACUAAUGGAAACUGAUGAAGAUGAUGAUAAGGACGAUGACGACGACGAUGAUGAUGAGAUGGAUGAAGAGAUGGGUUUAAAAGCACUUUUAGGACAAAGUAUUGUAGACGAUGACGACGAUGAAGAUUUUAAUGAAGAAAAUGAGGAUGAUGAAGACGAUGAUAUUAGUAGUGAAGACGAAGAUGAUGAGGAGAAUGAUAAUACAGUAAUACAAGUAAAAGGAGAUAAAGCUGCCAAUAAAAAAGAAACACAAGUAGAAAAAGCGAAAAAGAAGUCAAUUAUUGACAUUCGAACAGUAAUGUUCAAAAGAGUUGUUAUCAUUGAAAAUAUCUCAAAAGAAACAACAAAAGAACAGAUCACAGCACUGUUCAGUCCAUAUGGUGACGUUAUACAGGUGUCUCUAGAUCCUUUGAUCAUCCUUACAACCGUGACAAAUCCAAAGACAGCAGCUGCUAAAACACGGCCAAAACUACUUUCAUUCACAGGAAAACUUCUAUACUCCAAUGAAGAAUCCGCUCUGAAUGCAGUAAAGGCUAUGCACGGAAAGAUUGUUGAUGGAAAUUACUUGAUGGUACAGACUCUUGGUAAAUUUAAUGGGCCGUACGACGCGGGAAAAGCUGUAUUUAUAACGAAUCUGAAAAAAGAUGUAAAAUUGAACGAAAUCUGGAAAGCCUUUCGCGAAUGUGGAGAUAUUAACUGUGUGGAAUUAAAACGCAAUCCCGAAACGAUGUCAUGUCAAUGCGGUUAUAUCCAUUUUUUUACUGAAGAUGCUGUAUCUAAUGCUCUCAAGUUAUCUGAUGUUGUAGAAGUUCAAGGGCAGCGAGUAAUAGUACUUAAUAUAAGAUUUAACCCUAACGAUAAAGAUUGGUAUAGAAGCGAGACAUUUGUGUACAAACCGCUGAUUGGCGAGGGAACCGAACGACUUGUUUUGCAUAAACCAUUAAAAAAGUUUGAGUAUAGUUUGGGAGAGUCUGUAGCACGUAAUGCUAAACAUGAAAGAAACGUUAAGAAACAUAAAAAGCAGGAAGAUGACGACGGAAAGGAGUCUACUGCAUUUCAGGGUCAAAAAGUUAAUUUGAAAAACAAAAAGAAGAAGAACAAACUUGACAAGAAAAAGAAGAAGAUGGCAGAAAGGCUCGCAGCUAAAUCAGCAAAAGUUUAAGCUAGUAUCGUAUAUUUUACAGUUCUAAGACAGCAAGAUUUGUUUAUACUCAAAGAUCUUUCGCGCGUUUAUUUAAUAUUGAAAAAAGAAAUGAAUAUUGACAUUGUUAUAAAAAACGUUACACUUCUCGUAGAAAUUCAUCACAUACAAAUAUAAGUAAAAAUACCUCCAAUAUGUAUGUAUAUAAUUUUUUUUUUAUUGUAACGUAACUCAUCGUUUUUUAA